CAGUUUCUUGAACUCAACAAGAAGUAAUCUAAAAUGUUCGCUAAGGUCACUAUCCUUCUUGCAGCCGUCGCUGCUGCUCAGGCAUCCGUCUUGUACGGAGGACACGCCGCUUUGGUCAACACCGGUGUUAGCACCAGUGCACGAUCUCAAGAUGCUUUCGGCAACUACGCUUUCAACUACGGAAUUCAGGACGGGCUUGGUGCCACCAACUCCCGAUCUGAAGUAGGCGAUGCUCAUGGAAACAAAAAGGGAUCCUACACCCUCGCUGAUAUCGACGGACGAGCCCGACGAGUCGACUACGUUGCUGACGGACACGGAUUCCGAGCCGUUGUUAAGACCAACGAACCCGGAACCGCCACCAGCGCCCCAGCAGCAGCUCUCAUCGCUAGCCCCUACGCUGGACCCGUUGCCCCAGUCGUCAACCACGUAGCCCCUGCUGCCCCCGUUGUUGGACAUGCUGCCAGCUAUGCUGCUCCAUUGGCUGUUGCUGCUCCAGUGACUGUCGCCUCUCCAGCUAUCGCUGCCCCAGUUGCUUAUGGUGGAGUGAUCAGACAUGGAGCCGCCCUUGCUACACCCAUUGCUUACGGUGGAGUGCUCGGACAUGGUCUUGGCCUCGAAUACAGUUUGGGAUAUGGUUAUAAGGAAGGUAAGUUACUUCCAACGAAGGUCGCUAUCCUUCUCGUAGCCGUCGCUGCUGCCCAGGCUUCCGUUUUGUACGGAGGACACGCCGCUUUGGUCAACACCGGUGUUAGCACCAGUGCACGAUCUCAAGAUGCAUUCGGCAACUACGCUUUCAACUAUGGAAUCCAGGACGGACUCGGUGCCACCAACUCCCGAUCCGAAGUAGGCGAUGCCCACGGAAACAAAAAGGGAUCUUACACCCUCGCCGAUAUUGACGGAAGGGCCCGACGAGUCGACUACGUUGCUGACGGACAUGGAUUCAGAGCUGUUGUUAAGACCAAUGAACCCGGAACCGCCGCCAGCGCCCCAGCAGCUGCUCUCGUCGCCAGCCCUUACGCCGGACCCGUUGCCCCAGUAGUCAAUCAUGUAGCCCCUGCUGCCGCCGUUGUUGGACACGCUGCAACCUAUGCUGCUCCAUUUUCUGUUUCCGCCCCAGUUGCCUAUGGUGGAGUCAUCGCACACGGAGCCGCCCUUGCUGCCCCAGUAGCUUACGGUGGAGUGCUCGGACAUGGUCUUGGUGCUCCUCUUGGACUCGGAUACGGUUUGGGAUAUGGCAAAGCUCUCAUCCACUAAAAAUUAUUUUCAGAAUUCGAACAAACACCAAAAGACUAUGGAGAAAAAGAAAUUAAAUCGUAGAAAUGUAUUUAUUGUUGA